AGGUGUAUGAGCCCCACCUAUAUUCUCAGGGAGGGACCUGGGCAAACAGAAAGGAGGGGUUUAGGAAGGAAGAGUGACUCGGGGUGCAGGUUUCAGUUGAUGCGAGGUCAAAAAAAUCCUUUCUUCUAGUGACUUCUUCUUCAUCUUGUAACUUUUCUGUUGUUUGGACUUGAAAGAGAUAGCAGCGCUUCAUCAUGCUAAGAGGUGUAAUGAAUGCACAAUGCGAGAUAUUUAAAGUCAAACUUUAGAUUUAGAGUUGUAGAGUCUAAAUUCACUUCUGAAAGGAUAAAAGGAAUAACAACCGGCUGUAUUAAAGGAGAUUUAGAAAGGAAGACUGAAUCCUGAAUGAUGGCUUUUUCAUCCAAAAAGCACAAAUCUGUUUUCCCGCUCCUCUUCCUCCUCUAUGCCCCUCUCACUUGUCUAUCCCAGUCAACCAACAGCAGCUCCAACAGCAGCUCAGUCAGUCCCACCAGUUCCUCUGAUAUCACCACCCCGCAGAAUGUGCGAGGCUGCGGCACAGGACUGGAUCCAGUAUACAGGUAUCUGUGUGACCGCCGGGCAGCAUGGGGGAUUGUGUUAGAGACCCUGGCCUCUACAGGCUUCCUCUUCAGCAUGGGUCUCCUGUUGGGCCUGCUGCUGUGGUCCUUGUGCACUUGCAUAUCAUCCCGGCACCAACGCAGCAGCAUCGGGGGCGUGGUGCUCUGCAUGUGCAUGUUCCUGCUGGCCACAGCUGGGAUCUUUGCCAUCACCUUUUCCUUCAUCAUCAGCCUCACCCCUCAGACCUGCCCCACCAGGAUCUUCCUGUUCAGCGUGCUCUUUUCUCUGGCCUUCUCCUGCCUGCUGGCUCGCUGCCUCGCUCUGCUGGGCUUUGCAGCUGUCCGUGGCUGGGGUGAGCCCGCUGUGGCCCUGGGGCUCUUCAUCGUGCAGGUCAUUAUCUCAGCCCAGUGGCUUAUCAUCGUGCUGGUCCGGGACAAGAAACCCUGCGAGUACAGCCAGGAGGAGUUUGUCAUGCUCCAGAUCUACGUGCUGUGCCUUCUGGCUAUCGGUUUGAUCCUUUCCCUGCAGGUCUUGUGUCGCUCCUGCCUCACGUACAGCUACAGCUACACAGGGCCCACCAACCAGCAGUGGAGGGUCCAGGCCAUGCUGCUCUGCCUCACGCUGUUUGUCUGCACCUGCAUCUGGGUGGUGUGGAUCACUAUGCUGGUCAAGGGGAACUAUGAGAUGGGCCGCCGGCCGACUUGGGAUGACCCACUAGUGAGCAUUGCCUUGGUGGCUAAUGGCUGGGUAUUGCUGCUGGGGCAUGGGUUGGCCCAGAUCACCUUCUUUUGCAGAGGGGAGGCCACAUCUAAGGAUCUCCCUCUGAGCUUUGAAGGCUGGACCAGCCCUAAUGCUGAUGUCCCCGGACUGGGAAGCCAGAAAGAGGGAAGAGAAAAUGGAAGCUUUGAGAGUGACGGUGAAAACAGGAGAGGCAAGCGAACUGAGCCGAAGCUACGAUCGCCCUAUGAGUCUGCAUUCUCCAUGAAGGAGAUCGACCCUGACAAAGAUUACAGCAUUCCUCGUCCUCAGACCACCAACUACAGUGAACCGUAUGAUGACUAUUAUGGACAGGAUUAAAAUGACAGCUAUUGUCAUGAUUGUUCACAAACAUAAAGUCUACAGCAAAGCCAAAGGAAUAAAGACGGCCAAGUUGUGCACUUUUAAAUAUGCAAAUGUAAAUAUUUAUGUGUUUGAUGUAAAAUGUUCUGCUGAGGUUUGUUGCCAAGACAGAAUGGGAAAUCUACAUUAUGUGGAAGUGAGUCUGCUUUGGGUCUGGGUUGUGUCUUACUCAGAGAUAGUGUAUAUAAAGGCCCUAAGGUGAUAAAGAAGGUGUGAGGCUGUCGGUCUGCGGGUGCCAAACUGCUGAGCAGAGCAGUGAUGCCAUGAACGGGGGCAGAGCAGGGCAGAGAGGACAGAAAACAAGAGGAGAGAGAGGAGGUGAGAUUGGAGAGGAAGACAUUUUGGAUGAGAUGAGACAAGACAGAAAGGAGGACAGGAGACUUGUCAGCACUGUGGGACAGCUCAUGCCAUCACUGAUUAACAUCCUCACAUUCAAAGUCACAGCUUGAGGGAUCUACUGGUGUUCCUGAAUGAAAAGUUAUUUUUUUUAUUUGGACAUUUGCUGCUUUUUUCACUCAUUUUCUAUCCAGUCCUUGUACCGGUCCAUUUUAAGGGUUAAUUAAACCAUUUAACACUGA